UCUGAAGAAGAAAAAACCCUCCAAGGCCCCGAGGGGGACGGAUGCUGGUGUCCCGAAACCCGCCGCUGACUUCUUCAAGAAGCCGGAGGGGCCAUCGGCAGCCCCAAAUGCUGAAGCAGCUGCCGCUGCCAAGAGGAAAGGCACGGGCAAGGCUCCCGAGAGCAAAAAGCCCAAGACCGGGGAUGCCGGGAAGAAAAACCCCCCGGUGGUCAUUGUUGAUGAUUGCCCCGCCUCCGGGGUGCACGAGGAGAUGCCGGUGGCGAAGGUGCCGGGGGGGUGCGGGAGCCAUCUUCCGACAUCCUGACGGUCUCCCUCCCGGUUGGUACGGCCGUGAUGAAUGGCACGGCUGACCCGAGGGCGCUUCUGAGAGGUAUAACCCUCGAGAUCGAUAGGGUAGCCCUCGGGGCUGAUGAUGAUCAAGCCCUCGAGGACAGGAUCCUCCGGUCUUCCCUCACGACCUGCAUUGCCCUCGGAGAGCAGACCCGGCGGCUAGAAGAGUGGCGCCUUCGCAAGGCCGAGCAGGAC